GAAGACAUCGCUUUUGCUUAUUAGCACCUCGCUGGGAACGGAUUGCGCGCUGUCUUCGCCUGGCUGUUUUCGCCUAGGGCGAGGAAAAAUGGACACACGCGUGAGAAGGUCCUGUUGGUUGCUACUGCUAGGCCUGUUUCUUCAUGGUACCGGGCGCCCAUUCCUCAGCCUCUUCCGGGAAGAGCGCGUUGAGCGCUCGACUAGGGAGCUGCUUCGACGAGAGGCAUGGGCAGCUUCGGCACUUUCGGUGCUCGGCGUUCCUUCCACGGAGGUCUUUGCUGAAGGUUUUGAUCCCUUCGGAGAAGAGCUGAAGAAACAGGCACCGCAAGACUUGAAAACUCCACCGGAAGAUGCUCAGGUGAGUCCCAGUGGGCUGAAGUGGAAGAUUCUGAAAGCUGCAGAUUGUGCGACCACCAAAUGUGCUAAGCCGCGUGCCUUCGACAAGGUUUCAGUGGCCUACACAGGCUGGCAGCCGGAUGGAAACGUCUUCGAUUCCAGCCGCACUCGAGGGAAGGUCCAGUUCCAGGUUGGAGAGGUCAUCGGGCGCAUGUUUGAGGACAGUGGGAGAAGUUUGCACCAUAUGUUGGUUUGUUUCCUUAGCGAGGAGGCAUCAAGAAGGCCGGAUAAGGUCAAUGUUUGAUGAGGAUUUGAAGAAGCGAAUUGAAAUCGGAGUGUUGAUGUUGUUUGUAUUGUGUUCUUUUCAUGUUAAUUCUUGUUGUGUUUGAAGUUUGUUUUUGGUUUCUAGUUAUUGCCCUGGUGGUGGUCGUAGCCUUUUGUAUACCAUUUUCUUCUGCAAACCCAAGCCAACCAUAGAUGACAAGACCUACAGUCGUCUUGUGCAGACUGUUCUUCUCACCGGGAUGCAGACGAGAACCGACACGCGGGCACGCGGGACGACCGACC